AGCGAGAGAAAGAGAAAGGGCUGAGUCAAAGGAAGGAGCAAAGGUUGACAAAAGUCGAAAGAGAAGAGAAGCGAGGCGAGGAAAUAGGGAGGCCGCGAGUGCGAGCGAGCGGUAAGCGCGUCUGCUGUUCGCGCUCCCACGCGGGCCAAGAAUGGAUGACGACAGACCGGCCGAGCGGACAAUCCGGCUCAACGACGGCGCUCGCAUGCCCUUGCUGGGCCUGGGAACGUGGAAGACAUGCAAUUCCCAGGUGCUCCAGGGGGCAGUGGAAGCAGCGAUCGCCGCGGGUUACCGUCACCUUGACACGGCCUACAGCUACCGCAACGAGGUGGAAGUGGGACGCGCCCUUCGGGCCAAGAUGGACCAGGGCAUCAUUCGCCGCCAGGACAUGUUCAUUGUCAGCAAGCUCUGGUGUACGUACCAUGCUCCUGGGGACGUGGCAUCGUGCCUCGGUAAAUCAUUAAGAGACCUGGACCUCGAGUACCUGGACCUCUACCUUGUGCACUUCCCUGUGGGUCUACAGAGAGUUGAUGACGAACUCUUUCCGAUGAAGGACGGAGAGAUCCUCAGCACAGACAUUGAUUACGUUGAUGUGUGGAAGGAAAUGGAAGCUGUGCAGGCCACAGGUAAAGUGAAGAGCAUUGGCGUAUCCAACUUUAACAUCUCCCAACUGGAGCGGCUGCUUGCUGUGGCCAAGAUUCCUCCAGCCGUCAACCAGGUAGAACUACACCCGUACCUGGUCCAGUCAGAUCUGAUCCAAUUUUGCAAGAGUCGGAAUAUUGCUCUCACCGCAUACAGUCCGCUUGGUUCCCCUGGGAGACCCCAUGAACUUCACCGCGGAGCCGCUGAUCCCGAGAAGCUGAUGGAGGACCCAGUGGUCAACGCUGUGGCCAAGAAGCACCGGCGGACCCCGGCACAGGUCCUGUUGAGGUACCAUGUACAGCAGGGUAUUGCAGUGAUCCCCAAGAGUAUCAAGCCCAAUCACCUGCUGGAGAACACCAAGAUCUUUGACUUCGCCCUGGAUGAGGAGGACAUGAGGGCACUGCAAGGGCUUGACCGAGGUUGGAAGGCUUGUGUUAUCGACUUGCUGAAAUCCCACCCUUACUACCCCUUCAACUGAACCAGCUCCAGAGAGACACUCCCAUUUGGACAAAAUACUCAGGGCAUUAAACAAGGAGGAAAUGUUUUUUGGGGAAAAUUUCCUUGUGACUUUAAAUUAACAAAAAAAGAAACAAUUAUAAACCCCCAAAAUGCCAGUAAAGUGUUAUGUUUUGCAUCUGAACUACAGUGACAGGAAGGGUGAAGGGCGGUGAGUUGUUCACCACGUACAUUGCCGUUUGCAAGGAAACUGGAAUAAAAAAUGUCCCCUCGCAAUUAAUUUCGCUCUAUUUCAUAGGCAAAACAUCAAUCCACGCAAUCACACACAAACAUAACAAUACA